GCGUGCACAUUAAAACAGCCUGUUUCCUUGCACCUGCGGCAGUCACGGUUUAUUUUUUAAGAAGAGGACAGGAUGCAGGCAGCUUUAUGCAUGCUGUUUACAGCUCUGUGUGUGAAUGGGGUCUCUUCAUCUCCGCUGAAGUCUGUCCAAGCCGGGGAAAAGCUGGCAUCCACAGAUGAAGUGAACAUCCUGAUGUACGGCGUGCUGCAGUUCACCGAAUCCAUGCACCACAUGUACCAGAGCACAGAGGCCAGGCUGGCCCGCGUCAUGAAAGCCAUCAGCCGAACUGAGAAUGAGGUGAAGAGACUGGGGCAUGACACGGAGGAGACGGCUAAAAAUGAGCGACAGAUUAAAGAAAAACUCCAGCUCCUUCAGGCUCAGAUGAAAGCACUGGAGAUUCAGGUCCAUGAGAACAGAGAUACAGUCACCAGGGUGGAGCUGGAAGAGGCACAGCUCAAGAAAAAACUAACCAGCCUGGAGGUAAACCUAAACAGCUCUGUCCCAGACGAGAUCAAGGGCACACCACUUAAAAACAUCUCUAACCUGAAGGACCUGAUGAAGUGGACACAAGAACAGAAACUGAAAUUGGAGAAUCAAAACCAGCAACUGGCUGAUUUACAGAAACACAAUAUGGUGUAACCACUUAAAAAAAAAAACACAUAUGA